CUUUCCACCAAAAACCCCCAAAUCUCUUCCUCAAAGCCUCUCUUUUUCCUUCCUCGGCCCCCCGCCCCCUACCACCCUAUCGGAGAAAUCGAAAAGAAAAGGAGAAAAUAAUCCAAUCUUUCUCCCCUCGCUCGAUCUCUCGUGAUCUGGAGACCCUGAUCAUUCCCUUCCUGACGAUGGGUGCUUGGAAAUCCAUCUAAAUAGAGGCAGGAAUCGACUCCAAUACCAACGCAAUCUUUUGAUCCCCGACCUGCUUAUCGAUUCAAAUCAUUUCGAUUUCUCGACAUCUUCUGCUGUUUUUUUUCCCUCUCAUUUGGGAAUCUUCCCAAAUGGGUAAGAACCAAGCCUACAAGGCGUUGCAGAGGUCAAGGAUGGGCUCGACCUCUGCUGGGCCGGAGGAGGUCGAAGACGGAAUGAUAGAUGGUUCUUUUCAUUCACCAGAAUGGCAUGCUGCUCGUUUGGCCAGCCUGAAAACGUCUCACACCAUAACAUGGGAAGACUACAAGAAAAAACAAAAGGAAGAAGAACUUAAAAAGGGUGAGCUGGAGGCGGACAAGGAUAGAAUGAUGAGAGAAUACAGGGCGCAGCUGGAUGCUGAGAGGGAACAAAAGCUUUCCCGUGGGAGAAACCGCUCAGCCGCCAAGUCGCAUCACAAGAAAGAAAGGAAGGACAAAGAUUCAAAGAAACGGAGUAGGAGAAAGAGAAAGUAUAGAAGGUCAUCUGAGUCAAGCUCUUCUAGUUCGUCCUCUGAAUUAUCAAGCAGUGAUAGUGAGGAGGAGAGGGAAUCAAGGAGAUCGAGAUCGAGGUCAAGAUCCAAGAGAACAAAGAAAGAAAAAAAGCAUAGGUCAAGAACCAAGCAUUCUAGCAGUGAUGGUGAAGAAAGAGGUGGCCCUGUGCCGCUUUCUAAAUUCUUUGGAAGUGAAAAAAAUUAAGCAUCUUUUAUGUGCUCCUGUAGAUUUCUUCGUUUAGUGAUGGGGAAGAGAUAGGGAGAUGCACGGUGGCUUAUUCUAUGGAUGCAAGGAUGGUUGUUUUUCUCAAAAAUUUCUACGUUGUUAAAUGAUUGUAUUUUCCUGGUAUUUAGACGGAGCAAGAUCAUGAUGACCAGAUGUACCAUUCAUAUCAUUAAUUUCCAGAGAAGGCUUUUCAGAAAGGGAUGCUUUAGGGGAAAAAAUUGCCAUUUAAUUUAAAUUACAAGGGCUGAAUUAACAUUAUGAACAUGAUUUGAACUUCAACAAAAGAAUGUUAAGCAUUCUCUUUUAUUA